AUGUAUUCUAUGGCGCUCAAUGAGUUGCAAGAAUUGGAAUCAGAGCCCCUAUGCCACCGCAUUGCGGCUCGUUUAUUGGUCAACAACUGCCAGUUACUCGACGGACGAGAUGAUGAAACGAUUUUGACUGAUAGUGGAAGAGCUGCUCGAGACUUUGUUGACUCAUACGCCGCAAGCUUGGCUAUAUGUGACCUAGAAAGAGGCAGCUUCGCGAUUCCACCUGCUUGUUCCAAGUUUCAAGAGUCAACUCUCGCACGAAUCGCUCCACCGACUAAGCCACAGCUGCAUGUUACGACAGCGGAGAUUGAUGACUGCCUCGAAGGCCUGGCACAGUCGGAUUCGGCAUGGAACACCUGGGUGAGCUAUCACCAUAAAACACUGCGAUUUUAUCAAAAUGUCCGGCUUCACCAACGAUUGGUUGACAUCCUUGCGAGGCUGACUACCCAACUCGAAGAAGAGAUGGGGGAGCGAUUUCGAUCGCUCAAUCAAAUGUUUCAAGAAGUCGAAACUGCCACGGCCAACCUCAAGCCCCAGAUGAAUGACUUGAAAAAUGGCUUUACUGAACUAGAUACGUUUUUCAGGGAACAGAUUGUUCAAAGAGUUCAGCGGUCGACGGAUUUUAUUAACCACGGACUCGAAGAUGCCAGAAAUUUACAGAUAUUACUCGCAAUGCUGGUUGACGCGACGCAAACACAAAGCCACGACUUGGUAUCUUCACACGAGUCUGCCUUACAAGAGGCCACGCAGCGAAUUACCACCGAAGUGGAUAUUAUCUUAUCGGCAAUCGCUGCAGCAGUGACCUCAUCGACAUCUUUACACAGAGAAAUUGAAGUUUCACAAUCCAUAGCGGCAGCUGUUGCAUUGAGACAAGAGAAAAUAGAGACAAAUAUGAAGAGGCUUGAAGGAUUGGCCGACUCUCUACUGGUUCAACAUGAAGGCCACCAAGAACGACUGGUCCAUGCUCAGCAAACAGCUUCGAAUUUAAUAGAUCUCUUGGAUUCAGCUUCUUCAUCGGCAGCUACCCUUCGGACUUCCAUCUACAAUGGCCUUGGUCUGAGUUCUUGGUGGCCGUAUAUAUUCUGUCCUCUAACCUCUUUGGUUGUCGGAUCAUAUGGAUUGCCUCCUUCUGCAACAAGAAACCUCAUGCUCAUUAGUUUGGGAGAGAUUGCUGGAUUCGGAGUGUCUAUUGCUAAGCGAUACGGAGGCGAUAUGCACACAGCCUUUACGUCUAAUAGAAAGAUGCCUGCUAGAGCAAAUUCGACAACAGCAUCGGAUGAGGAUCUCUUUUCAUACAACGAUUUUGCGAAUAAUGAGGUUUGGAGAGUUCGAUUCAACAAGAACGUUUAG